UUUUUUCGCGGGUGACGGAACACAACUACGCACGACGAGGCCAUUUUCGUCACCUCGACGACCUCAACGAUGGAGCCGCCGGAGUGCCCCGUAUGCCUCGCCGCGUACGACGGCGACGACGCGGUCCCUCGCGUGCUCGCGUGCGGCCACAGCGCGUGCGAGACCUGCCUCGCGCGCCUCCCUCGACCUUUCCCCCACGCCGUCCGGUGCCCCGCGUGCACCCAGCUCGUCAAGUUCCCGCCUCAGGGCCCCGCCUCUCUCCCCAAGAACAUCGACCUCCUCCGUCUCUGCAACCCCGAACCCGACCGCGCCGGCCGCGACCGAUCCCGCCGAGAAUCGCCGGACGAUGAUCGUCGGGUCAACCGGGAGCUGUUCGUCGGCAAGACGUGGUCCGACCAGUUCUACGCCGCGUGGAAAGAGUGGAUAGUCCCGAGCGACGCUGUCUCGGUCGAAGAAGAUCGCGGGGGCGAUCGGCGUGGCUUUUGUUACAAGUUGGUAGGGAGAAUUGGUUAUGUUGAUUCUGGUUUGUUGUCCAUGCGGUGUCGCGAGAAGCAGGAAAUUAGUCUUGUUCCGAUGGUUUCGUUGUCGAAUUGGAGCGAGGACAGUUCGGGGUUCAGGUUCGAUUAUGUUGCGAGGGUUUUGACUUGUUUGAGUAGUAUUGGGGAGGAAGCAUUGGAUGAAUUAGCUUUAAUUUUGAGAGCAUCCUUGAGAAGACGGUGUAGAGUGUGUCAAGUUUAUGGCUUGUGGGGUAAUCUUAAGGAUGAAGUUCUGUAUUUAGUAUGUGAGAGGCUCAACGGACAGGUUUUACGGGAUUUUGGUGAGUUGCUGCAGUUUGAUGGUGUCGAUGGAAACAACGCGAGUAACGAUUGGGUGUCUGGUUUUGCAAUCACGGGUAUGGAGAUAUGUGAGGGGGUAAUCAGCUUGCACAACGAAGGGCUUAUAGCUGGCUGUUUGGGUAUUUCAUGUAUGAAGAUAGAUGAAUUUGGACAUGCGUGUAUUGAUUUGAAUGAGGUCUUGGUGAUGGAAAGGAAAGUCGCUGGAGUUGCUGGUGAGUAUGUUUCUGAUGGAAAAAGAAUUGAUAACAAAGAGUUGCAUAAGAUCUUCCGCGAGUUACUGGAGAAUGAUGCUCUCUUGAGCCCUGAGGUACUGUUUGAGCUAUUGAGGAGAUGGGAUGCUAAAUUAGAUGAUUCCGGCAGCUCGUAUUUGAUCGGGUAUGGAUCAGAUGUCUGGGUAUUGGGAUGUAUGCUCGUUAGGCUUCUUAUGGGUGCUGCAUUCCCUGGAGAGACCUGGAACGUGAGAGAAGAAGAUGAUUCAGAUUUUUCAGUUUUGUACAUUAAUUGGUUGGAAAACAUUGGUUCUUUUUUGGAGAAAAAAGUGACCUCGCAUUUUGUGUCGUUGAGGCUGGUGCUCCUUGAAUGUUUGAACUUGGAUCCACAAACCCGACCGCUUAUAACUGAUGUGAGAAAAUGCAUUAGGGAACUGAUUGUGGGAUAUCAAUUUUGCAAUGGGGGUAUUGAGGAGAAGGUAGUUAGAGAAGAUCCUGAGUUUCAUUGCUUGAUUUUAGGGAAAUUAUGUCGGAUGGCAUGGAAAAGUUCAGAUACACGGAGAAAAGAGUUGCAUGGGAGCGAGCAUGCUUGUGGAGCAGAGAAUCGAACUGGUAAGGUUGGAGUGGAUAAAGAGUUAGCUGAUGGUUUCUCUGAGCAAAGUGUUAAAUGCAUAAAUAUGCGGGGUCAUCUUGACUGUAUUACUGGUUUCGCCGUCGGAGGAGGAUUUCUCUUUAGCUCCUCUUUUGAUAAAACGGUCCAGGUGUGGUCUUUGCGGGAUUUCUCUCAUGUACACUCAUUUAGGGGUCAUGAACACAAGAUCAUGGCUGUAAUCUAUGCUGAUGGGGAACAACAAUUAUGUGUCAGUGCUGAUAGUGGAAGUGGUAUAUGUGUCUGGAAAAUACAUGCCCCUAUAAUGGAAGAGCCACUCAAAAAAUGGUAUGAGCAAAAGGAUUGGCGGUACAGUGGUAUACAUGCAUUGGCCUACUCAAGGAAUGGGUACCUCUAUACUGGAAGUGGAGACAAAUUGAUUAAAGCAUGGUCAUUGCAGGAUUGCACCCUUUCAUGCAGCAUGGAUGGUCAUAAAUCUGUAGUUUCCACAUUGGUUGCAUUCAAUGGGGUCCUUUACAGUGGCAGUUGGGAUGGAACUGUCAGAUUAUGGUGCCUUGGUGAUCAUAGUCCCCUGGCAGUAUUGGGGGAAGACAUACCUGGAAAUAUGUCACCAGUCCUGUCUAUUACAGGGGAGAGGCAUUUUCUGGUUGCAGUUCAUGAAAAUGGAAGUAUAAAGGUCUGGAAAAAUGAUGUGUACAUAAAAUCUGCAAAAGUGCAUAAUAGUGCUAUUUUUGCAGUAAGCUUAGAAGGCAAAUGGCUGAUAACUGGAGGCCGGGAAAAAACCAUCAAUAUACAGGAAUUAUCAGGUGAUGAGCUUCAGGUAGACAUUAGACCGGUUGGUUCAAUACCUUGUAGUUCUGUCGUGACAGCUCUCUUAAGCUGGCAGGGAAAAAUUUUUGUUGGAUGUGCCGAUAGGUCAGCAAAGGAGAACAAUGGACGCGUCGCUAGGGCGUGGAGGGAUUUCGCGAGCUUGAACUACUGGGUCGUGCGGGAUUAUUAUCGACUUGUGGACGCGGUCAGUUCUCUCGAGCCGCAGAUGCAGAGGCUCACUGAUGAUCAGUUGGCUGCGAAGACAUUGGAAUUUAGACGAAGGCUGGGGCAGGGCGAAACACUUGCUGAUAUUCAAAGUGAGGCAUUUGCCGUGGUACGCGAAGCUGCCAAGAGAAAGCUUGGAAUGCGCCACUUUGAUGUACAGAUUAUUGGUGGUGCUGUGCUUCAUGACGGAUCCAUUGCUGAGAUGAAAACAGGGGAAGGAAAAACAUUGGUUUCUACUCUGGCUGCAUAUCUUAAUGCUCUGACUGGUGAAGGUGUACAUGUGGUAACGGUGAAUGAUUAUCUAGCUCAACGUGAUGCUGAGUGGAUGGGGCGUGUUCAUCGCUUCUUGGGCCUCUCAGUGGGUUUAAUUCAGAAGGGAAUGAAAUCAGCGGAGAGGAGACGCAACUACCAAUGUGAUAUAACCUACACUAAUAAUUCUGAACUUGGCUUUGAUUAUUUGAGGGAUAAUCUAGCAGGCAAUAGCGAGCACCUUGUUAUGAGAUGGCCAAAGCCAUUUCAUUUUGCGAUAGUUGACGAAGUUGAUUCUGUUCUUAUCGAUGAAGGAAGAAAUCCUUUGUUAAUUAGUGGUGAGGCUAGUGAAGAUGCUGCACGCUAUCCCGUCGCUGCAAAGGUGGCUGACUUGCUCGUGCAGGGGGUUCACUACAAAGUGGAGCUUAAAGAUAACUCUGUAGAGUUGACUGAGGAAGGGAUAGAGCUUGCGGAGUUCGCUCUUGAGACAAAUGACUUAUGGGAUGAAAAGGAUCCCUGGGCUAGAUUUGUGAUGAAUGCUUUAAAGGCCAAAGAAUUCUACCGACGGGAUGUCCAAUACAUAGUUAGAAAUGGAAAGGCUUUAAUUAUCAAUGAGCUGACAGGGAGAGUUGAAGAGAAGAGGAGAUGGUCUGAAGGCAUACACCAGGCAGUAGAAGCGAAAGAAGGCUUGAAGAUUCAGGCUGAUUCAGUUGUUGUGGCACAAAUCACGUACCAAUCCUUGUUUAAGCUCUAUCCUAAGCUUUCUGGAAUGACUGGAACUGCAAAAACUGAAGAGAAAGAAUUCCUGAAAAUGUUCCACGUGCCAGUCGUUGAAGUACCGACAAAUCUACCAAAUAUCCGCAAAGAUUUACCCAUCCAAGCUUUUGCUACUGCUCGUGGAAAGUGGCAAUUUGUUCGUGAAGAAGUUGAGUACAUGUUUAGACAUGGACGCCCUGUUUUGGUGGGCACGACCAGUGUAAAGAACUCCGAGCAUUUGUCUGAUCUGCUGAAGGAAUGGAAGAUUCCUCACAAUGUCUUGAAUGCCCGACCUAAGUAUGCUGCAAGGGAGGCAGAGAUCGUUGCUCAAGCUGGGAGAAAGUAUGCUGUUACAAUUUCUACAAAUAUGGCUGGGAGGGGCACGGACAUAAUCCUUGGAGGAAAUCCAAAAAUGUUAGCAAAAGAAAUAGUAGAAGACAGUUUACUCUCAUUUCUCACCCAAGAAGUACCAGAAUUGGAGGCUGACAGAGAAAUGCUUCCAGAAAAGGUUCUUUCAAAAAUAAAGGUGGGACCGUCGUCGUUAGCUCUGCUAGCAAAGACAGCAUUAAUGGCCAAAUAUGUUCGCAAGAGUGAGGGCAAAUACUGGACAUUAAAGGAGGCCAGAUCUAUUAUCUCAGAAUCAGUUGAAAUAAGUCAAUCAACUGAUAUAAAGGAAUUACAGAGGCUUGUCAAUGAGCAGGCUGAGAUGUACCCACUGGGUCCUACCAUAGCAAUAGCUUAUCUGGAAGUUUUAAAGGAAUGUGAAGUACACUGUUUCAAUGAAGGAGCUGAAGUUAAAAGGCUUGGGGGGCUUCAUGUAAUUGGAACAUCCUUGCAUGAGUCUCGCAGAAUAGACAACCAGCUUCGUGGCAGAGCAGGAAGGCAGGGGGAUCUGGGAUCAACGCGAUUUAUGGUCAGCUUGCAGGAUGAGAUGUUUCAAAAGUUCAAUUUUGACACAGAGUGGGCCGUUAGACUAAUAUCAAAAAUUACAAACGAUGAGGACAUACCCAUUGAAGGUGAUGCAAUUGUAAAACAGCUCUUAGCACUGCAAAUAAAUGCAGAGAAGUACUUCUUCGGCAUAAGAAAGAGCCUGGUCGAAUUUGAUGAAGUAUUAGAGGUGCAAAGAAAGCAUGUGUAUGAUCUUCGGCAACUGAUGCUAAUGGGUGAUAGCGAAAGUUGCUCCCAGCACAUAUACCAGUACAUGCAAGCGGCGGUUGAUGAAAUAGUAGUAGCAAAUGUUAAUCCAGCAAAGCAUCCAAGCACCUGGAGCUUGAAUAAGCUGUUGGAAGAGUUUUCUUCCAUUUCUGGGAAGUUGUCGGAUGGCUCAUUUGCAGGAAUCACUGCAGAGGCUUUACUAAACUCACUUUCUCAUCUUGAUGACAUAAACUCUGUAGAUAUUAACAACUUUAACCUUCCAAACUUGCCAAAACCUCCAAAUACUUUUAGAGGAAUCCGCAUGAAGAGUGCUUCAUUGAAACGUUGGCUUGUCAUAUGCUCUGAUGAUAUGGCCAAGAAUGGGAGGUAUCGGUCUGCCAUUAGUUUACUUAGGAAGUACCUUGGAGAUCUCUUGAUCGCUUCAUACUUGGAUGCCAUACAAGAAUUGGGAUAUGAUUAUGCUUAUGUGAAGGAAAUUGAGAGAGCAGUUCUUGUGAAGACCCUAGAUUGCUUCUGGAGGGACCAUCUUGUCAACAUGAACCGGCUCAGUUCUGCGGUAAAUGUGCGAAGUUUCGGGCAUAGGAAUCCUCUUGAAGAAUACAAAAUCGAUGGUUGCAGGUUCUUCAUCUCAAUGCUCAGUGCCACAAGAAGGCUUACAGUCGAAUCACUGACUCGUUACUGGUCAUCACCAUUGGAGACAGAGGAAAUAUACAUCUCAUAACACCUAAAGAAAUUUCUGUUCAGAGGAAUGUUUACUCCAAAUCAAUGACCAAUUGCUGUUCUGGAGAUGUUGCUCUCGGAUGGCGUUAGUAUGUUUUUUAAGGAAUACCGUCAUUCCCUGCAAAGUUUCUGGUUUUCAAAGUGAAUGACAUCCAGACUAAUGUUAAUCUAUACAUGUGCCCAAGGAACUUGCAGCAAUAUCUGGUAUGAUGGCUUGCAGUAUGGUUUUUGCUCGAGUCUUGAUUGGAUAUUCGAGAUGUGGGAGUGCACAGACAAUUCUUCCGAAGAGUAUAUAGCAGCUGUAGGGCACAGAUAUUGUUUUUUCGCUACACAUACAAUUCAAAAUGCAUACUAAAACUAAUCUAAUGCAUCACCUCGAGUGACUGAAAUAGGAAUGCACAAUUUCUCCUUUUUUGGGGGGCUGAGAUGGGGGUUCAACUGUAUUAUGACGGAAUCCUGAUAUACUCAGAGUGAGAGAGAGAGA